AUGGCUGCCGGGAAGGGAGCUCUGCGGAGCCCUUCAGCUGAAAACAGAUGGCGGCUUAGUGAACCCGAGCAGGGCUGGGGCCGCAAGCCAGUGUUGCUGGAGAAAACAAACUGCCUGGGCUCUGAGGCUGCCCUGGGCAGCGGUGGCCGGGAUGAGGCCUGUGCCGAGAUGGCGCUGUCAGCAGCCCCGGGCGAGCUCAGGCUGGGAAAGCUGAGGCCCCGGAAGGCUUGCUGGGAACAGGGGCAGAGCGCCUUCAUGGAGGUGCCUCGGCUCAAGAAGAGGCUUGGGGGCAGGCAGGCCCAGGAGAGGGUGCACAGUGGCCCUGCAGCCCAGCCGGGCCCCCAGCAGCUGACCCUGGACAACCCCAGGGACCCGGCUAGCAUCACCUGCUUCUCAGUGGGGCCCAGUGGGGCCCACGGGGAGCAGAGAAGUGCCUUCAGCAAGCCAACCAGGAGUCCAGCAGGGAGACCGGGGCCAGACUCCGUCUUCCAGGCAGGCGGACCCGUAGACACCCUGGGGGAGCUGCUGGGACUCAUCAACACAGUAGAUGUCCGUUGCUGGGGUCGACUUUCCAACUCCAAGCUUCUGGUGGGUGAUUUCUGGAACCUGCAAAUGGUGCCACCAAAUGCUCGUCUCUGUGGCACUUUCCUGGGUGACCCCAUGCUGUGGCUCAAGCAUGCCACGGCCCAGAUGCCCACACCUCCGUCGUGCUCCUCCACCGCCUCUUGGGCCCUGCUGCCCCCCGCGCUCGCCUCCCUGGGCCUGUCCACCCAGAACUGGUGCGCCAAGUGCAACCUCUCCUUCCGCCUGACCUCCGACCUGGUCUUCCACAUGCGGUCCCACCACAAAAAGGAGCACGUGGGGCCCGACCUGCAUUCUAAGAGGCUGAGAGAAGAGGCCCUCACGUGCCCCGUUUGCCACGAGUACUUCCGCGAGCGCCACCAUCUCUCCCGGCACAUGACUUCUCACAGUUAA